AUGGCGCAUCGCGUGUCCUGCUCCGAGUACGCCAAUGUGGUCGCGAGCCGCCUGUACUUCUCGGCCUUCUACCGCGUCGUCUACCUGGCCAUGAUCGCGACCAGCAUGGCCUGCGUCGGCUGGACCAUCGCCAACCACUGGCACUCGCCGGCCUCGAGCCUCUUCAUCUCGCUCGAGAUCACGCUCUGCUGCAUGCUCACGCUCGAAGUGCUCAUCCGCAUGCUCGCCCUCAAGCGCAAGUACUGGCUCAAGUGGACUAACCUCUUUGACGUCGUCGCCACGGUGCUGAGCCUCGUCUCGAUCGCGCUCUACUUUCGACAAGAGUCGGUCGUCGAAGAGCUCGAAGAAGUCGCCGCCGACUUUGUCGUGCUCCUCCGCAACACGGUGCAGUACGCCCGCCUCGCCGUCUUUCUCAAGAAUCGCAAGGAGAUCUUGCCCAAGCACGAGCCAUCCGGCAUCGACUUUGACGACCUCGACGAAGAAGAACACCAGAGCAUGCUGGCCGAAACAACCCUCGAAGACGACAUUCUCUCCGACGUCAUGGCCGCGGAAGAGAGCAACCAGUAUGGGCAGUUCGAGCUGCGCGUCGAUGGCGCCGUAGAAACACCGGCCGUGGUGUAA